UUGCAAGUGACCUACCUGCCAACCAGAAUGAGACACAUGCAAUUAUGAGCUUUUUCAGCACCUAUGAAUGUGAGUGAGCAGUGUCUGGUUCCAAUCGCCAAAGUAGAAGGAAGUGGUGCUCACCGGGAGAAGAGAGGACUGUGCAGGAGGGGGCCUGGCAGCCCCCGCGGGCAGAGUGGGGGUCGUGAGCCGCGGUGCAGGUGUACGUCGGGCGUGCAGACCGCCGGAAGAAGGGCUGGACGUGUGGAGUGGAGACAGGCCUCCGCUCCCCUGCCCUGCCCCUCCCAUGUCGCCCUCGUGGACACGGCCCUCCUCCCGCCCCUGCUCAGUCCCCGCUGGCCUGAUGACCAGGCUCACCCAGGGCCUCGCCCGCUGACUGUGACUCAGUCUCUGCAGAUGACCCGCCAGGGCUGGGCGCUGGCAGCCCAGGCACCCUUUGUUCUGCGUCAGUGUCUCCUCGGGGGGCAGUGGCCUCAGCACGCGGCUCAGACCUGGCUCCUCUGCGGGGCCUCCCCUUCUCUGUCCUCACUGGCCGACAUCCCUGAGCAGCGCCCCAUGCUGGCCGAGGGCCGGGUCACCCUGAGGGCAGCCCUCUGGCUGCUCGGGCUCUGGGCAGAGCUGGCCGCUGUCCAGUGCUCUCCGGACCGCCCCUCAUGGCGCUACAUCUCCACGGAGGUGGUGAUUCCCAGGAGGGAGCCGCACCAGGGCAAGGGGGCCCAGGUGCUGGGCUGGCUCUCCUACAGCCUGCGUUUCGGGGGACAGAGGCACGUCAUCCGCUUGCGGCGCAAGAGGCUCUUUUGGCCUGGGUACCUGAUGAUGACUCAGGAUGACCAAGGAGUCCUGCAGACGGACCACCCCUUCGUCCCUGAAGACUGUUACUACUUUGGCUACCUGGAGGAGAUCCCUUUCUCCAUGGUCACCAUGAACACGUGCUACGGGGGUCUCCAGGGCUAUAUGAAGUUGGAUGACCUUACCUAUGAAAUCAGCCCCCUCAAGCAUUCUCGAAAGUUUGAGCACGCUGUUUCUCAGAUGGUGGCAGAUGCCAGCGCAAUGGGACUGAUGCACAGACCGGGGUAUGAGGAGGAAAGGGACCCUCUGCUCUCUCCAGCAAACAUCACUGCAGUCCCCCGAUUGUCUAGUAAGCUGUAUAUGUUCCAUGUAGCACUUAUGCAAGGAUUAUUUCAGUCUACUAAUGCAUUUUACCGAACCUUAAACAAUGUGUCAACAACUCUUCAGUACAUGGUGGAUGUGGGUAAUAUCAUUGAUGCAGUUUAUCGUGGUCUUGAGAUAAGGUUUUAUAUUAGCAUCCUACACAUUUAUGAUGUUAGGGACCCAGUCAGCACUCAAUCGCUCAGAUCUGGGAGUUCAUAUUUCCGGUUUUAUACAAGAAACAUAUUUCCUGUUUUUAGACCACAUACAUCCGUAGUCUUUAAUACAGUUGAACCACGUGAUGGUGCCUAUAUUCCACCCCUAUAUGGUUUCUGCCACUCAAAUAAUUUGUUGCCAAUUGCUACUUCAGGGAAACAUAUCCUAAGGGUGGGACUCUAUCUGUGCUUUCUAAUUGGCAGAAAUAUUGGUCUGUUUUAUGACUACAGUACCUGUGUUUGCCAGAGAAGGACCACCUGCAUUAUGAAUGGCUACCAGUCACUGACAGAUGCUUUCAGUAACUGCUCCUACAUGCAUUUACAACAUGUAGUUACUCGUGAUCUAAGCUCUUGUAUGUAUCACCAUGAGCCGGUAUAUUACAAUAGCACAAUGACACACGAACGCUGUGGAAACGGAGAAGUGGAAAAUGGCGAGCAAUGCGACUGUGGCUCCUUCAAGCAGUGCUAUAACAACCUAUGCUGUGACAGCUUCUGUUCCUGGACUGAUAAAAGUAACUGUGACGCAGAAGCAUGCUGCACAAACUGCACAUACUCCAAGCCUGGGACAGUCUGCAGACCCAUCCGGAGCACAUGUGACCUUCCCGAGUACUGCCAUGGGGUAAGCAAGACCUGCCCGAGAGAUGUUUUUAUGCAAAAUGGAACCCCAUGUGGUGAAGAGGGCUACUGCUUUAAUGGAAGCUGCACUGACCGCGGUGUGCAUUGCAAAGAAAUCUUUGGUAGAGGGGCUUUGAAUGCUCCAGAUGAAUGCUAUACUAUAAACAAAAAAGCCAACCGAUUUGGACACUGUAGAAGAAGAGCUAUUUUCUCUUUCUUCUUCGUAGGUUGUGCGAAGGAGGAUGAGCUCUGUGGGAGGCUGCAGUGCACCAACGUCACUUCUCUCCCCCGGCUGCAGGAACACGUUGGAUUUCAUCAAUCUCAUAUGUCAGGGUCCUUGUGUUUUGGGCUGGACCUACACCGUGGGCAAGGAACCGUUGAUGUUGGCCGAGUGAGAGAGGGUGCCCUCUGUGGUGCCGGAAAGUACUGUUUAAAUACCUUCUGCAACAAUUCUGUGAGUAAAAUAGAGUAUACAUGUCUCCCUGAGAAAUGCAGCUCCAGAGGGGUUUGCAACAGUGAAGACAACUGCCACUGCCACGUGGGCUGGGCUCCUCCGCUUUGCAAAACCAAGGGUGACGGAGGGAGCGCAGACAGCGGGCCCCCUCCAAGUCGAUUUCGGUCAGUACCGUAUGAUGAAACAAUUAUAGUCUAUGAGAGACUGGUGUUCGCUCGCCUGUAUGCCUUCACAGCUGCAUUGCUCUUUGGUGUGGCCACAAAUGUAAAAACUAUCCAUACCAGCAAAAUUAAGGAAGAGACCGUACAACCUGUGUAAACCAGCCUCCUGAUCCCUGCACAACUGCAGGGGAGGUAGGAGGAACUUCUGAGAAGGAAUCAGUGAUAGACAGCAAAGCUGAAGUCUGCAGCAGACAGGGGUGGGGGCAGGUAUCAGGAGGGUCAGCCUUCUCACCCAGGUCUCUUCCAUAGGCCGCUGACCAGUACUCUGAAAUAAAUCUUGAACACCAAACAUAGGUGUCCUCUAAUAUUUUGUAUUCCUAAGAGCCCAAACUGAGCCUGAGACUGGUCAGGAGAGACCUGAGUGCAACUGGGUCUUGACCCAAAGUUGCUGGUCCCAGUUAACAACCCCCUUAGGGGCAAAUUUAUCUAGCUUUUCUCAGUGCUCUUGAACACUGAGGUUUUCCUCAUCUCCUAGCUGCCUUCUCUUUUGCCAAACCCAAACUGGAUUCAGGGUGGUCGAGGACUACUCCCAGUCGAGGACUGUUCAUGCGGGGUGGGGGGCGAAUGGGGUGGUCUGCCGCAUGUGGCAGCCCCAUGUCCUCUGGCAGCCGGGCAGGGUGGGUGCCUUCCACGUCCAGCCUCAGGACAGAGCAGAGACCCAGACAGACACUUCUCACCCUUGGGUGACCUCUGGCUGUUUCUGAGGUGAACGUCACGCGCGUGUGUGCAAGAGUGAGUGUGCUCAAGUGCUGGGUGUGUCAGCACCCGGUGAGGACAAACCCCCGGAGGCCAGCCUGGUGCCCAAGGCCCCCAGGCUCUGCAGACUCAGCGCUAGAAUCUAGGUGGGCUCUCCCUUUUUCCACAGUUCUUCAAUAAAGGCUUCAAAAUCCUCAAACUCAAACUGGGUUCUAAAACUCAGCGAUGGAAGGUUCUGGAAACACUCUCCUGGCCCCACAAUGGCUCCAGGAAGUGGGAGCCCAGGGACCACUGGUUCUGCUUGGGAGAUGCACCGCCAGCACUCGUGUGUGAAGACCCUCCCAACCACCCCAGGGUCCUCCCA